AUGGAUAUAGAUAACGAUGUGCCAAUGAAAGACGCGAUGGAGGAUCAACUACACCAAGCUAUUGAGGAGGAUUCCGGGGUGGAAUCCGUUUCUUACUACAACACUGUUAACAGGAACACUACUUCUGAAAUAGCGGAAAACAAAUCCCCAAACCCCCUGGAGCUGACGGGUGCGAAGAUAAAUCAAUUAGACAAAUGGAUAGAGCAUCUGUCUAAAUGUCAAGUACUAGCAGAGGAGGAUGUAGGCAAGUUGUGCAAAAUGGCUGUUGAUGUGCUACAGUUUGAGGAGAAUGUACAGCCGGUAAGUGUACCGGUGACUAUUUGCGGUGACGUCCACGGACAAUUUCAUGACUUAAUAGAGCUAUUUAAAAUUGGUGGUCCGUGCCCCGACACUAAUUACUUGUUUAUGGGGGACUAUGUGGAUCGUGGUUAUUAUAGUGUUGAGACUGUGUCUUAUUUGGUAGCGAUGAAAGUGAGGUAUCCAAAGAGAAUUACGAUUUUAAGGGGUAAUCAUGAGUCUCGACAAAUUACGCAGGUAUAUGGUUUCUACGAUGAGUGUCUAAGGAAGUACGGGAGCGCGAACGUUUGGAAAAUGUUCACGGACUUGUUUGAUUACUUUCCAAUCACUGCAUUAGUCGACAACAAAAUUUUCUGUCUCCAUGGAGGCCUUUCACCCAUGGUCGAAACAAUAGAUCAGGUUCGCGAGUUAAACAGAAUACAGGAGGUUCCACAUGAAGGCCCUAUGUGUGAUUUAUUAUGGUCUGAUCCUGAUGAUCGGGGUGGUUGGGGUAUUAGUCCAAGAGGUGCGGGUUUCACAUUUGGCCAAGACAUUAGUGAACAAUUCAAUCACACCAACGACUUGUCGUUGAUUGCAAGAGCACAUCAGUUAGUUAUGGAUGGAUUUGCAUGGUCCCAUCAGCAAAGCGUUGUCACAAUUUUCAGUGCACCUAACUAUUGUUACAGAUGUGGUAACCAGGCAGCUAUUAUGGAAGUUGACGAGAAUCACAACAGACAAUUUUUGCAGUACGAUCCCUCAGUAAGAUCUGGUGAACCAACUGUAAGUAGGAAAACGCCUGACUACUUCUUGUAA